AACGGCGUGCUGGAGGACGGCGACCUGCGCGACAUGGGGCUGGACAGCGAGCGCGAGCGCGCGGCCGUGCUGGAGGCGGCGCGCGGGCUGCCGCUGGCGGUCGCCGACGCUGCGGCGGCGGCGGACGCCGUGGAGGCGCAGCUGGCGGACGAGGCGGCGGCGCGCGCGGCGGCGCCGAGGCGGCGGCGGCGGCGGCGGCGCGUCCUCCUCCAGCAACGGCGAGGGCAGCACGCCACGCCCGGCGCCCCCGGGAGAGCCGGCGCCCGCCCCCGCGCGCCCGUGCCGCCCGGCGCCCGCCCGCCCCCGAGCGGCGCGAGGGCGCGGCGGUGGACGCGUGGCUGCACGCGCUGCGCCUCGACUGCUACGCCGACACCUUCCGCAAGCACCUCUACACCGACAUGGCGCGCGUGGAGCUGACGGCCGUGCUGGAGAUCGGGCGCGUGGGCCACCGGCGGCGCAUCCUGGCGUCCGUGGGGUCGACGGGCGGCGCGCCGCAGGGGCUGGCGGCGCUCUCCUCGGCGCACUAUCGCGGCGCCGCGCCCGACCUCGACGACCUCACGCACGACCUCAACCAGCUGUGUUUCAGAGGAAAUUCGUAUGUUUCAGCUGUUUGUAUUGACGUACAUGAAAAAAGUAUAAAGUAUCACAUAAUACGAUAUUUAUGCAAUUUGCGUAGAUUAAAACAAAAACAACAUCCAGCAGCUGAAGGAGGAGAUCCGCGAGAAGCUGCCGGCGCCGCCCGCGUCUUCGGGGGCGGGGAACACGGGCACGCUGCGGC